UCUCUCUCCCUCUCUCUCCCCUCUCUCUCCCUCCUGUCUUACCCUUCCCACAUUUUCACUCCCCCUCUGCCUCAUUUCUCCCUCUGGUCACUCGUCGCAGUGAUGUACCAGCUGCCUGGACUCCACUUCUCCUCCUCCUCCUCCUCCUCCUCCUCCUCCUCCUCCUCCUCCUCACCUCCUCAGCCUGUGUCCGUCAGCGAUGGGACUCUGUAGGAGCCUCGGGGGGACGACAGAGCAGAGGAGCAGCUCAGGUGGAGAGUCGCUGUGAGAACUGGAUGAAGAAGGGGAAGCACCAGGGUCAUGAUCGACUGGCCCAAUGUGACGGCCCCCGGCCCCCGGGAGCCGGGCCUGAAGCCCGAGGAGCUGCAGAAGUCCCAGUGUGUGUUGGGCUUCAUCCCGGUCAUCUACUACAGCGUCCUGCUGUGUGUGGGAGUCCCAGUGAACGUCCUCACGGCGGUGGCCUUGUCCCGCCUGGCGUCCCGCACCAAGAAGGCUCUGUACUAUUACCUCCUGGCAGUGACGGGCUCAGACAUCCUCUCCCAACUCUUCAUCAUCUUCGUCGGCUUCCUGCUGGAGACGGCGGUCUUUCACCGGGACGUCCCUUCACUCCUGCUGCACUCCGUCAGCGCCGCUGAGUUCGCUGCCAACCACGCGUCCAUCUGGUCCACCGUGCCGCUCACCGUGGACCGCUACGUGGCGCUGUGCCACCCCCUGCUCCACCGCCAGAUCAGCUACCCGGCCCGGGCCAGGAGGAUCAUCGCCGUGGUCCUGGCGCUGUCGCUCGUGUCCGGCGUGCCCUUCUUCUGGUGGUCAGACAUGUGGAGGAACAGCCACCCCCCCACGGGGAGGGACACCGUCCUCAUAUGGACACACGUGACCAUCAUCUACUUCCUGCCCUGCAGCAUCUUCCUGGUGCUGAACUCGUUGAUCAUCCGGACGCUGAGGGUGAGGCAGCGGCAGCAGCGCAGCCACGAGGAGUCGGGCCCGAAGUCGGCCCCUCCAGGGCGACUGGGGAAAACCACGGCCAUGCUGCUGGCCAUCACCUCGGUGUUCUCUGUGCUGUGGGCCCCCAGGACGGUGGUGGUCAUCUACCACCUGUACGUGUCCUCGGUCCACAGGGACUGGCGCGUCCACCUGGCCUACGACCUGUCCAACAUGCUGGCCAUGCUCAACACGGCCGUCAACUUCUUCCUCUACUGCUUCGUCAGUAAGCCGUUCCGCGGCGCCGUGCGGGACGUGAUGCUGCUCCGGGGGGGGCCGCUGUAUCCCCGCCGCGCUCUGCGGCAGCACCAGGCCCCCAACCACGCCUCCAUCUCCUCCCUGUACAGUGGGAACCACAAGCGCUGGCAGGGGGAGCCCACCCCCCUGUCCACUCGCAGGGCCACGGAACCCUCGUGA